GUAUUCGCCAUUUUGAUGCUUCUUGGCGUGGGCUACGGCGAUGAACGUCUCUACUUCAGCGCAGCUAGCUAGAUUAGCUACAAACAUUCAACAUAGAAUCUCAUACAGUUACAAGGGGAUUUCAAUUCGUAUUAUUAGUCGGACAUUUAACCGAGGAGGUCAUGAAAAUUUGGAAAACGUUUUCGUACCCCGGACGUCAAAUUUGAACGACUAAUCGGAAUGCGAAGUCCGAAUUUGUCUGUUUUCUAACUUCGCCAGUUAACGUUAAGUAGUUAGCCAAGAUAGCCACCACCAGGUUGCUACUCAGCCGCAAGCCUUGAAGACGUAGCUAAAAGCUAUCUAUGAUAUUGAAUUAUAUGGAAAACAUCAAUCAGAAGAGGUACUGGCAGCGACGUCGCCCUGACACUCCAUUUCUGAACAAUGAAUGAUGUUAGAAGCAAUGGAAACAUAUUGUGGGCUACCUAGUUACCAAUGCAGUUAGCUGAAAUACAACAGGGGCUUUCAAAUAUAACAUUCCACUCUGCUUUUUUUCCCCCGUCGUGGCUAUGUAGGGAAAGCACAGCAACCUUACAAGUGGUUUUAUUUUCACUCAACGUUGCUUUCACUGUUCACGUUCCAGUUGUCUCGUAGAACAAAACAAAGAACAUUUAUUCAUAAGAAGCUGCAAAUAUGAAGUAUUUUAAUGUCAUGCAUUGAUUAUGCUUGGACAUGUUCAAAUGUCUUUCCCAAUACCAGCUGCCUACAGGUGUAAAACUUAUUGUUGAACUGACUAUUACCAUAUAAAGACAUAUCUGAGUGCAAUUGUACUGGAUGGCAACCACAGUAUUGCCACUGUGAAAUACAGCAUCGAAGAGGCUAAAUCUACCCACCAAGAUGACGAUUCAAAGUAAAGGACAAUAUUGCUGUCCUCACAGAAAUGUGAAUGCUUCAUUAGAUUUCCCCAUUUGACCACAUCCAAAGGACCAUCCAUUAUGAUUUUUGGAUUGAUAUCCCAAGAGUUACACGAAAAGCUCCUAGACCUCAAAAACUACCAAAAUCGAACAAAUGGUGUGGAACAGCUGAAAAAUAUCCUCUUUGGAUUGGACUUGAAGCCAGUCCCCUCAGACAGUAUUGUGGAGUUUAUCAAUUUUCUCUGCAGACUUCUAGAUGACAGCAACUUCAAAGUUUUGUACGGCACUUUACAGGUGAUAAACCUACUCAUUCAGAAAUUGGAUUACAAUGUAGACACAUAUUUCAAACAGUUAGCGUGUGUGGCUCUGAAAACCCUUGGGGACACCCGCGCUGUCACCAGGAAUGAGUAUAUGAAUGUGUUCAGGCAGUUGACUAGAAUUGUAGGGCCACAGAAAGUGUUGGACCUUGUUAUUGGACACCUGAGACACAAGAACUCCCGGGUCAGAGAGGAUGUCAUCAACAUCAUCACAGCAGCUAUGCUCACCCACCCCAGGAAGGACUUCAACAUCCCCAGCCUCUGCUUUGAAGUUGCACCAUACCUGGCAGACAGCAAGAAGAAGGUCCGCCAUGCAGCCCUAGAACUAUUUGCCGUUUUUGACCAUUGCCUUGACACAGGGAAAAAACAGCCCCUAAUGAAGGCUGUAAACAGAGUUGAGCUCAAUGGGGAUGUGGAGGGUCUUAUGGCAGCUGUGCAAGCAAGAAGAGCCAGACACAUACUUCCCAGACUGUCCUCGGAUGGAAUGGUGGAGUAUGCCCUUGUAAUCCCUAAACCAGGACAACGAUGCUCACCUCAGUUUGGGUCGGGAGCUGACCUGGAGUGGGUGCUCAAUGGUGGGCGGAUCAGCAGUGCCAGGAGCAUCAGGACAGAACCAGACUCUGACAGGCUGUAUCAUGGUUAUGGAAGCUUGGGCUCCCUUGUUGAUGACCUUCCACUGCAGAGGAGAAUUGUCAGUGCAGGCAAAGGGAAGAACAAGCUGCCCUGGGAGAGGUCAAGCCUCCCUUCCACAGUGAACACCCAGCCACGCAGUGCCCCUAAGGGGAAAUCCUCUGAUCAGGUCAUCAGUGAAGAUUGCCUGUCCCAUACCCGGAAGCUGAGUCCAGAGACAUAUGUCCCCAGUUUCGGUUCUGCAGAGCCCCAUAAAACCCUGUCCUCUAGGAGGGAAUCCCCUGGACGCUUGAGAAGGAGUGGGAGCCUUGACUUAGACCCUGACAUCUUUAAAUCUACCAACUUCUCUGACACAGAGGGAGUGGUACACAAGGCCCGUCUCCUCUCUGGGACCUCCGGCUUUGAGCACACCUUAUCCAACCCCUCGGCCCAGGGCACCUUCCUACUGCCCUCCUACCCUAUGGCUACACUCCCCGGGGGCCUGCUGACCCCAACACUGUCCCACCGCCGCGCUGACUCCUCACUGUCAAUGUCCAACACUUGGCCCAACAAGAGAGAGAGCAGCCCUCAAAGACGAGACCCCAGCCCCUGGAAAGACAUAUCAAGUGACUUCUCAUCCAGCAGGUGUUCUCCACGGCCUCACUGUGCUUCUCUGGUGAGCUCCUCAUCUGCCUCGUCUUUCCGACAGGCUCUGAGCCGGACGCGCACCGGGCUUCCUAUCUCCCCAUCCCCAGGCCUUCUCCUGCCAGAGCGCGGCUUGUCUCAGAAUGGCCAGUGGUCUAGUCCUCUAGCUCCAUCUCCAUCCAGCCUGCAGGACCACCUGUCUGAGAGGGACCUUCGCCUAGACCUGGAUCACCUCAGCCUGCAGGACCAAGACCAGGAAGAGGACCCCUUGGACCGGCAGGAGAUGUUGAACUCCCUGCGCUCUCUGCGCUGCAGCGCAGCUAAGAAGAAGGCCACGGUGAGUCUGAGUGGCUCAGACCCUGACCCAGAUAGCCCAGACUCAGCCAUGAAACUGGAGCUGGCUCUGGACUCCCCCUCUCACAACUCCCCCACCGUCACCAGCCCAGCUAGCGAGAGCGGCCUCUCCAGCCUCUACUCACCCCCAAACACCACCCUCAAUGGCACCAAAACCAGCCCUGGGAAUUCUGCCUCCUCUUCAACAAAGCCUCACAUUGCUAGAGUGCCUUCUGCUAAGCUGAGAUCUUCCGUCUCCAUGGACUUCAGUGCACUUCAAGGCUUUCCACUCAGAGAUAAAAUCAUACCUGAAGUGAGUGUGGUUGGUCAAAGAGUCACCUACUCGAACGGACCAAUGGAACCUGAGGAAGAGGACAGGACUACAGAAUACUCUCCACCCCCAAGUAGACUAGCCUGCCGUGAGGCAAUCAGAGCCCUGAGGCCUGCCAAAGGUUCCCAGAGCUACAGCAACAGGAACUCACCAGCCACUGACAUGCCUGAAGGUGUGGUUGGCAGAGGAGUGUUUGGCUCGGUGGUUCUGUCCAGCCGUCCAGGGGUUGCCAUGUCGAUGGAGCAGGGCGACUGUAUGACCAGGCUGCCCAGUGACCCCCCAGCUGGCAUCUAUGGCCAUGCAGUCCCCGGCAACCAUCUGGACCCCGACGACAUCCCAGCCUCAGAGGUGGCCAGGGAUAAGGAGAAGGUGAGAAUGACAAGGUUUGCUCGGGACAAGAUGCGGCAGCACCGAUUGGAGCAGCAGGAGGGCCAGGUUGCCCUGGGGGAUCGCCAGAGAGCUGACAGGAUGCGUCUGCGCCUCAGACAGGUGCAAAAUGACAUGGCUACAGAGGAUACAGCAGCCAUUUCCAACGACUUUCAUUUGAAUGGUAGCAUGGUGACGUCCACCAAGGCUGACUCUCUCCAAGACGAGUCACCCACCAGCCCCCAGGGAUCCCAGAGCCCUAUUAAAUGUUUCAGUCCCCCCCACCAGCCCAGCCCCCCCACGGUCCCUGCCAACCCCGGGAGCACCCUGCCCCGCCUGAGGAGGGCUCCCAGUCUCAGCAGGACACGGCUGUCUCUCUCACACAGCUCAGAUGAGAUGUCCCCAGGCAUUCCCAGCCAGAAGAGAGACCUGACAGAGCAGCCUGAACUACGGCCCUUCUCCAAACCUGAGCUAGCACUGACACAGAGCUUCAAACUCCUCAGCUCAGACGACUGGGAGAAGAAGAUUGAGGGCCUGACCUUUCUCCGUGGUCUGACACAGUACCAUUCAGACAUACUGCUUAACAGGCUGCAUGACGUCUGUCUCGCACUCAUCCAAGAGGUGAGGAACCUUCGUUCGGGUGUGUCCCGUGUUGCGGUUGGGGCAAUGGGUGAGCUCUACACUGCUCUGCAGAAGGGCAUGGACCAGGAGCUGGAGGGCACAGCCAAGGCUCUGCUGCAGAAAGCUGGGGAGUCCAACGCCUUCAUCAGACAGGAUGUGGAUUCAGCGUUGGACAGCAUGGUGCAACACUGCACCCCGACACGCAGCCUGAAUGCUCUGCUCACCAGCGGCCUCAGUCACCUGAACUCUGUGGUGAGGAAGUGCGCGGGUCAUCACAUGGCCAACCUGAUGGAGAACAUUGGUGCUGCCCGCCUGCUGUCUGGAGUGAAAGACCUCACCGACCGAAUACUACCUGCCGUCACCAAGCUGGCACAAGACUCCUCCCAGGAAGCUAGGUACCAGGGACGCCGGAUGCUGUUAUUUCUGUCACUGCACAGUGAUUUCGAUAAGAUGUUAGAGAAAUAUAUCCCUGCCAAAGACCUGGCUCCCAUCAGAGACACUGUCUUCACACUGAAGACUAAGGGCCUGGGAGAGAUGCCCCAGGACACCCCGUCAGCCAGGGGCCGGCGUUCCCACCCUGGCAGUGGGACAGUGAGGGCCUCAUCUCUCAACAGGGAACCACUCAAAGUGGUCAACAGGCAGUCUGGGCAGUACAACGGAAGACCUCAAGCUCACAGCAUUGCAGACAAGAUCGAGUACAUCAAGCAGCUCACAGCCCUGCUGGGUUCAAAGGACUUUAGAGAGCGCAUCAAGGGCAUCGACCAGCUAAUGGUGGACUGCGAGCACAAUCCCAACAUGGUCAUCAGCAGUAUCUUUCCGGUGUUUGAUGCCUUUAAGGCCAGACUGCAGGAGUCUAACAGUAAGGUCAACCUGUACGCUCUAGAGUCUCUGCAGAAGAUUGUCACUGUGAUGAAGGAUAACCUUGCCCAGGUAAUCUACAUCCUGGUCCCAGCCAUCGUGGACAAUCACCUCAACUCCAAGAACAACGCUAUCUACACUGCUGCUAUUGGAGCCAUCCACACACUCAUCCAAAACCUGGAUAACGCUCUCCUCCUCCAGCCCUUCUGCACCAAGGCCCAGUUCCUGAGUGGUAAGGCUAAGGUGGAUCUCAUAGAGAAGGUUGCAGAUCUGGUGAUAGAAUUAUAUCCCCGUAAGCCCCAGAUGGUGGAACAGAAGGCGUUACCCCUGCUGUGGCACCUCCUGGGCACAUCCAGCCACAGUGGCACUGUCCACGGCCGGGGUGGCAGCGUGCGGGGAGCCACCUCCAACCUGUGCCAAGCCCUCUACACCCACAUGGGGCCUGGGCUGGCAGAGUUCGCCGCUUCCCAGUCUGCCAACGUCCACAAGAGCCUCAACGAGCUCAUGAGGACCCUCUCCUACCCCUGAGGGCCCCUCAGAAAACACAACCUUCAAAACACAAUCAACCCCCCCCCCCUCCCCCUAGACAGAAGAACAGAAACACUGACCUUCCUUAAAGACAGAGAUGUUCUACAUUUCUGAUAGUGCCUGCACUUUUUUAACGUUACAGAGUAUAGAAAGUCCUUAAGAUGAGAGCCCUUAAAUCAACCCUCUUCUCAGCAAGCUAUGGUGUCCUUUAAUAAAGGAGCACAGGCAGACAGAGACUUCAGCUGUUGGCAUCAGGUCUUACACUCUCAACAACCUGCUCUCUUUGCACUUUGAAGAUGUCGCUCACUAUCAUGAUAGUUGUCGUCAUGAAUAUGGCUUGGUAUGUAUCGUCAUAUGAUUGUUGCUGUUGUUGUUUUUUAUGAAUCUUAUUGUAUGCAUUUCGGAGACAACAUUAUGAAGAAUGUACAUUUGAAAUGCACAAAAAGGAAACGGGACCUGAAAGAUGUAUAAUUUUAGCUGUUUCAGUUGAUGUGAAAUUUCUAAGGUGUCUUAUACAGUUGUUUAAAAGAUUUGUCAGAGUGAAGAUUAAUGAUUUCAAAUAUUUUGUAUAGCUCAAAUAUGUGAUUGCACAGUAUUAGCCUAAUCUGUAUGCUGUACGAUGUUGCGGUAUAUAAUGUAUCUAUUGUAUAUGGUUUGUAAAUCUUAUUGUAACAAUUUGUUGAUGAAGUGGUGUUCUGGCAUGCCUUAGCGUUUUACUUUUUGCAUGACCAAAAUGUGCUGAUGUGAUAAAAAAAUAUAUUUAUAUUUUUGUUAAGGAUAUAUAUAUGUGUAUAUAUAUAUAUGUAUGUGUAUAUAUGUAUAUACAGUGGGGCAAGAAAGUAUUUAGUCAGCCACCAAUUGUGCAAGUUCUCCCACUUAAAAAGAUGAGAGAGGCCUGUAAUUUUCAUCAUAGGUACACUUCAACUAUGACAGACAAAAUGAGGGGGAAAAAUCCACAAAAUCACAUUGUAGGAUUUUUUAUGAAUUUAUUUGCAAAUGAUGGUGGAAAAGAAGUAUUUGGUCAAUAACAAAAGUUUAUCUCAAUACUUUGUUAUAUACCCUUUGUUGGCAAUGACAGAGGUCAAACGUUUUCUGUAAGUCUUCACAAGGUUUUCACACACUGUUGCUAGUAUUUUGUCCCAUUCCUCCAUGCAGAUCUCCUCUAGAGCAGUGAUGUUUUGGGGCUGUUGCUGGGCAACAUGGACUUUCAAAUCCCUCCAAAGAUUUUCUAUGGGGUUGAGAUCUGGAGACUGGCUAGGCCACUCCAGGACCUUGAAAUGCUUCUUACGAAGCCACUCAUUCGUUGCCCGGGCGGUGUGUUUGGGAUCAUUGUCAUGCUGAAAGACCCAGCCACGUUUCAUCUUCAAUGCCCUUGCUGAUGGAAGGAGGUUUUCACUCAAAAUCUCACGAUACAUGGCCCCAUUCAUUGUUUCCUUAACACGGAUCAGUCGUCCUGGUCCCUUUGCAGAAAAACAGCCCUAAAUCAUGAUGUUUCCACCCCCAUGCUUCACAGUAGGUAUGGUGUUCUUUGGAUGCAACUCAGCAUUCUUUGUCCUCCAAACACAACGAGUUGAGUUUUUACCAAAAAGUUAUAUUUUGGUUUUAUCUGACCAUAUGACAUUCUCCCAAUCUUCUUCUGGAUCAUCCAAAUGCUCUCUAGCAAACUUCAGACGGGCCUGAACAUGUACUGGCUUAAGCAGGGGGACACGUCUGGCACUGUAGGAUUUGAGUCCCUGGCGGCGUAGUGUGUUACUGAUGGUAGGCUUUGUUACUUUGGUCUCAGCUCUCUGCAGGUCAUUCACUAGGUCCCCCCGUGUGGUUCUGGGAUUUUUGCUCACCGUUCUUGUGAUCAUUUUGACCCCACGGGGUGAGAUCUUGCGUGGAGCCCCAGACCGAGGGAGAUUAUCAGUGGUCUUGUAUGUCUUCCAUUCCCUAAUAAUUGCUCCCACAGUUGAUUUCUUCAAACCAAGCUGCUUACCUAUUGAAUCUGCAAUCUUCCCAGCCUGGUGCAGGUCUACAAUUUUGUUUCUGGUGUGCUUUGACAGGUCUUUGGUUUUGGCCAUAGUGGAGUUUGGAGUGUGACUGUUUGAGGUUGUGGACAGGUGUCUUUUAUACUGAUAACAAGUUCAAACAGGUGCCAUUAAUACAGGUAACGAGUGGAGGACAGCGGAGCCUCUUAAAGAAGUUACAGGUUUGUGAGAGCCAGAAAUCUUGCUUGUUUGUAGGUGACCAAAUACUUAUUUUACACCAUAAUUUGCAAAUAAAUUAAUUAAAAAUCCUACAAUGUGAUUUUCUGGAGAGAAAAAAAAUUCAUUUUGUCUGUCAUAGUUGAAGUGUACCUAUGAUGAAAAUUACAGGCCUCUCAUCUUUUUAAGUGGGAGAACUUGCACAAUUGCUGGCUGACUAAAUACUUUUUUGCCCCACUGUAUAUAAAUGUAUGUGUGUACACCGAUGCCUAGCUCAACUUUGGGUGUAAACCAAUGAUACUGGCUGAGUGUAACAUUGAAACCAUUUAUCUUUAAACUAACGACCGAUACAGAGACGGUGAAGCCCAGGUCUGUGAUUCUGUUUCAGUAUAGUGCCAGUCUUAACGUAGCCUUUCACUAUUCUAUGUUUAAAUUAUAUUGAAAUUGUUUGUUAACGAGAUGAAUGACCGACUGAUAUUUAAAGUGUUUAUUUCUAUAAA